AUCAGCGCGCACUUUUCUUAAUCGUUCCUUGCGGUAGCCUCCAUGUUGUCUGUUUAGUUGGUUCCCGAACGGGUAUAUACGAGAAUGGUUCCUAUACGCGAUAUAUGAUAUAAAACCCGCCGAAAUGUCCUCGACAUCUCAGGACUUUGAAUUUCUUGACCUGUCUGGGGUGUGUGAUGAGGACAGGCAGCAUCUCCUCUCUCUCUUCAACAGUGACAAUCCAGCUGUGGUUUUGUUAGCUUCAGAAACUCAGAGUGAAAAUUUUGAGGAUGUGGAAGAGGCCACACUCACACCACCCAUUCCUCAAACUCCCCCUCAGGUGGUGGUUGUGGAAUCUGAAGGAACUCCACCACCACUGCCUGAGUCUCUUCCUGUAGAGGAAUCUGUUGAAGAUGACUUUGCAGGACCCAUCGCAUACCUCCCUGAUGGGGAGUACGGUGCUGAAGGGAAGGUGAGUGUGAUGGCUGGGCAAACAUCACCACCACCACCAUCUCCUCAGGUCCCUUCCAUCACCAGUGCUACCAUUGCCCCAACAACCACCACCUCCUCUGGGCCAUUGGUCUCGGGUAAUGUGGGCACUGCUGAAGUGGCCAUUCGAGAAUUCACUGUGCCUCCCCCAACAGUUCAAGGGCAAGGCCAGGUUGGGAUUCAGCAAGGGGGACAGCAGCAGGUGGGGCCUCAGGUAUAUCAGCCUUACCCAGCUGCAUCACCAGGCAACCCUCCUAUGUACAACCCUAAUAUGCCGCCACCACCACAUCCCCAGCCACCACCUACUAGUGUGUACUCUCAGAUUCCUCCACCUCCUGUCCUUCCUCAUGGUGCUACUGUUUAUGUAGCUAAUUGCCAUGUCAAUCUUUCCCCUUACAGUGGUACACAAGCUCAGGUACCAGUAAUAACUCCUAAUGCUGGACCAUCCCAGUCUCCUCCCCCACCAGCAGUUAUGCAGUCUAUCCCGAUUAUGCCAGAACAAACAGCAGUGCACAUGCCUCCGAUGAAGGCUCUUCAUGACGCAAAACCUGAAUAUGAAAGGAGGUAUGAGCCAUUUCGUGGUGGAAGGGGCCGUGGCCGAUCACGAGGCCGUGGAAGGAGGAUGAACAAUGAGCGAAGCAACUCUGUUAGUAGUGAUCAUUCUGGCUAUGGUGGAGAAAAGACAUUUGAUAUGCCACCACAAUAUGGGCCAAUUCCUGGGCAAUAUUUAUAUCCUAAUGUUCAGUACCAAGUCAGGAGUGGAGGGUAUCCUUCAUAUCCAAAUGUUCCUGCUGCUCAGACUGUGCAAGGUUUGCCACUUAUGUAUAGUCAACCUCAGCACCAUCAUCAGUAUUCUCAGUAUAUGCAGUAUCAGCAUCAUGGACAAGGACAUUUGGUUUCAUACCAACAACAAGCAGGACCCCCAGGGUCUCAACAUCCCGCCACAUUACAGCACCUCCACCACCAACAACCUCCACAGCAUCCCCACCAGCAGCCACCACCACAUCAGCAGCCACAUCCUCAUCAUUAUCACCAUGCAGAUCCCCAACACUUACAGCAGCAGCAGCAACAGCAUACCCAUCCCCCACCACCACCACAGCAGCAGCAUCCCCCUCAUCAUGCUCACGACCAUACAUACCAAGUGGUGGCCCAGCAGGAGCAACCACCUCCACCACCACCACCACCCCAAGUGGAGGAAUCCCACUUUCCUGAGAACCCGGAAAUUGUAAAUAAUGUUGAGGCUGAAGCUGGUAAUCCUCCUUUUGUUUCUGCACCACAGCCAGUUCCUUCUCAGUAUGAAAAUUCAAGCUCCAUUGGUGUCGCAGCCCAAGUUGUUAACUUAAAUCCCUCUGUUACAGCUGCGCCUGAAGCUGACAGACUCAGUCCGCUGACCAGUCAAGCAGCUGCCAUGACCAUGGAAGAGACAACCACUACUUCCACCAUCACCACCACUUCAGAGGUUACAUUUUCACCAACUGACACCCCUGUUGCCACACAACCUUCACCAGUGAUAGAUGAACUGCAGGUAGUCACUUCUAAUCAACCCAUGAAUAAAGUGUCUAACAUUGGACCUCCAUCACCUGCUCCAUGUAAAUUAUCAACACCAAUUCAGCCAGCGCUACCUGUUCUUAAUAGUACCCCUCCAGGUAUGAGUCAGUCUGUAACAAACAAACCAGUUGGCAGUCAUGUUUUGACCAACCAAAUUAUAUUAUCCCAAGUAACAAAGUCAAAAAAUGAGCCAAAACCCAUUGUAUCUCUGAACAUGGAUCACUCUAGUAUUUCUGAUAUCACAUUUAUGUCUGAUGAAAUCCAACCGAAUGUUGAUCCUCAGGAAGGUGUAGAUUUUUCAACACUUCCAACACCAGUGGUUAUCACACCAGCUGGGAUAACACACAAUAUUCCUCCUCCAAAUGUUGCAUACAGAGUGGUGGCUCCACCACCAUCUGAAAAUGUAGUUGCAGAAGUGAAGAGUGUUGCUCCACCCCCAUCUCUAAAUGUAGCAGGAGCAUCAGUAGUGCCUGUAGAUCGUGAGUUGCCUAGUGCCCCGCCAGUUGGAACUGUAACAGGCAUUGCAGAAGCUUCAAAGAAAGAGAUGGUCAUCUCUGAAGUUGUUUCCAACCCUCAACCUGGAGGUGCAUGGGCCCAGAAGAAGAGUUGGUCACAGUUAUUCAAGCCUUUAGAUGAAGGAAGUGUAGCCAAACAGGUUGCAUAUGUAGCACCAUUUAACCAGGAUGCAGAGAAGCCAUCAGAUAAUACACUGCGUGAUAUGCCUGUACUCAAGGCUGUUUCACCAAUAUCAGAAGCAGAUGUUGAUAAGGCAAAAAUUGGAGGUAUGUUACGAGGUUACAAUCAGGACCACCAUCAUGUUGCUCUUCAGCCUCGAGGUCUGAUUAACAAGGGGUAUUGGUGCUAUGUCAAUGCCCCUUUACAAGCUCUCUUGGCUUGUCCUCCUUUCUAUAACUUAAUGAAGAACAUACCUAACAUUGUUGGUUUGAAAAAGGGCAAGUCUACAACACCAGUCAUUGAUAGCAUUGUUGAGUAUGUUAAUGAAUUUUCGGACAUGGCUCCAAUUUUGAAACCUAGCAAGAAGGAAAAAGGUAUCUCAGGAGCACGUAUGGAACCAGAGAUUGUGCCUGGCCCACCCUUUGAACCUUCUUAUGUUUACAAGAUGUUGGCUAACAUGGGCGGAGAUAUGUUUACUGAAGGCCGUCAGCAAGAUGCAGAAGAAAUGUUAUCUCUUGUCCUCAAUGGUUUACACGAUGAGAUGGUGGAAGCAUUAAAAUUAGCUGGUGGUAACAGUAGUCCAACUCCUGAUAACUCAGUCAAUGGUUCUGUUAAUGGAGAAACCAUUACGUCUGAUCAUGAAGAGCUGUCUGAGGAUGAUGAUGAAUGGCAGGUUAUGGGUCCUCGCAAGAGGUCUUGUGUUACUCGCACAGCUCACAUCACCCCGUCUCCUAUCAGUGGAAUAUUUUGGGGUCAGCUGCGGUCUGUGUUGCACCAGGCUGGUGGUGUCACUACAGCUAACCUUCAGCCUUUCACCACCUUGCCUCUAGAUAUCCAGUCUCCUAAGGUAGAAAGCGUGCGAGAUGCAUUGGAACACCUUGUAAGUCGUGAAGACAUUCCUGAUUACACAUGUUCAAAAACUAAUCAGGAAGUUACUGUGUGCAAACAGGUUCUUUUGGAGACCCUACCAACUGUACUUAUCCUGCAACUUAAAAGAUUUAUAUAUGACAAGGAUGGAGGCCUACAGAAGGUUACUAAGAAAGUGAAUUUUCCCAUUGAUCUGGAGAUAACUAAGGAGCUUAUGUCACAGAAUAGCCGAGGGAAGUUCUCCACUUUACAGAGGAAGUAUAAGCUGUUGGCAGUGGUUUAUCAUGAUGGAAAAGAGGCAACCAAAGGACAUUAUAUUGCUGACAUAUAUCACAGUGGGUACAAUUGCUGGCUGAGGUACGACGACAGCUGCGUUAAACCAGUUUCCGAGGCUAAUGUUUUGAAGCAUGUCACUCCUAGGGUACCCUACUUGCUCUUUUAUCGACGAGGUGAUACUUUGGUUGGACCAUCAUUGAAACCAAAAUCCUAAGAUCCCUUGAUCUACAAAUUAGGUUUUGGGAACAGUAGCAUGGUGUGCGAAUGUGUGUAUGUGUGUGUGUCUGAGAGUGCUUGUGUGUGUGUGUGUGUGUGUGGAACGACGUUCUAGUGACGAAUCUUUAGUACAGCCCUUACUGUAUUGUAAUCAUACAUUUUUCUUAUUUGCCUUUGUUUUUGUCCUAACGACGAAUAUGAAAAGCAUUUAUUGAAUUGGGUGCCUCUUUGUGGUAACAGUUACUUAAUCUGUUAUGGUGGAUUGUGAAGUGUGAUCAGUGAUUUAUAAAAGUGAUUGAACUUUGCACUCUUAAUCAGUGAGUCAUUGCAAGUUAUCUUGCAAGAAAACUAGUUUAAAAUAUAUAAAUAUAUAUUUGUUGCUCAUAUGGACAAAGGACUUCCCUUUUGAAGCAUUUCUUGUUUUUAGUGAGAAAAAACUCUUAUAUUUCAUUAAAGAUCUCAACUGAAUUCUAGUUAAGAAAUUAUCAAAUGUUAAAUGUGAUGUUUUAAUGAGAAAAUUUUUGUUGCAUUUGCUGCACUGUUUAUGUGAUAAUGCAGCUUAAAUUUUCCUAGUGACAGUGAUAAAGCAUCUCUUGAAGCUUCCACAUUUGAGAUUGGAGAUGCGAACAUGAUGUGCCACCUGGUAUAUAAAUAUCUCCCCGUUAAGCAGAUCAAGAUUUAGUGAACCUCUGUAGUACAUUGUUCCUUACCCUCAAGUUUUAUCAAGACUUUGAGUUUACCCCCAUAGCCCCAUAUUACAGCAUUUUGUUCAUGUAUGUGGUAACUGGUCAUUACAGUGCACCUGGAUUGUACUGAAAAAGAAAGUACUGGAAGAGCUUGAAAUGUUUUAGUGCAUUCAGGAAAUUAAAGAAUUUGCAUUCUUGCCAUAUUUUAUGUAAGAUAAAAUUAGAUGGGUUACUGUACCUGCAGUUGCAGAGAGAAAUUUAAUAGGAUACUGUAAUGGCCAUUUGUUUUAUGGUAACAAGAUAUAUGAAGUUUAGAGGAAAUGUUAUAUACACUAAAUAACUAUUUUUUGUAAGAAGUGAGCUGCUAUUUUUUUCUGUCUUGAAAAAAAGUCAACAAGUGAAUGUAGUAUUUUCAGUUUUUUUUUUCCAAAUAAUUUGAGUAUAUACUUGUCAUUAGAAUGAAAGGUGAAGAUGUACUGGAUUCAUCUUUGUUUUUAUAUUGCUUGAUUCCUCUGUUGUUCAUUACCUAUAAUCAUGUUUUCUUUUGUUCUGAAGACUUGGUGUUCUUGCAAGAAUAUUUUAAUGAGUGAGACUUUAAUUUUAAUUUUUUAUUGUAAGUGAAAGCUUAUUAAUGUAUCCCAUCAUCUGUUACCAUUUUAUGUUGUAUUAUGUUACUGAAUAAAAGCUUGACAACCUU